GCCGGGGAGCCACCCGCCGCCACCACCGUGCAGCAGCAGCAGCGGCGGCACCAGCAGUUUUAGCAGCGGCGGCGGCAGCGGCAGCCGCCCCACACUCAGCCCCGUGUCUGGAGAGCUAUGAGCCGGAGCCGGGCCGCCGGGGAGUGAGGGAGCCGAGGGGGCGAGGAGGGCGAGUUGCGCAGCUGCUCUUGCGCACAGCCCCAGCAGCGCCGCCGCCGCCGCCGCCAGCCCCGCACUGGCAUUGGAGUGCGAGAGGCUCGUCCUGAGCUCCCGGGCAGCGGGGAGGAGGAGGAGGCGGAGGAGGAGGAGGAAGCGGAGGCCACACAGGGACCCAACUGAAACAAAGUGUCGGCACCCCGGCGGCGGCGGCGGCGGCCCCGGCCCCCUCCUCUCCCCCCGACCCCGACCCCAACCCCUCUUCCCUCCCUCAACUCCGCCCGGGGACUCCCGCCUGGCCGCCCACCAUGGCUUCCGAAGAGCUCUAUGAGGUAGAAAGAAUUGUUGACAAGAGAAAGAACAAGAAAGGAAAAACAGAGUAUUUGGUUCGGUGGAAAGGCUAUGACAGCGAAGAUGACACUUGGGAACCUGAACAGCAUCUUGUGAAUUGUGAGGAAUAUAUACAUGACUUUAACAGGCGUCACAACGAAAAACAAAAGGAAAGCACAUUAACGAGAACAAAUAGGACCUCUCCAAACAACGCUCGGAAACAGAUUUCCAGAUCUACCAAUAGCAGUUUUUCAAAAACGGCUCCCAAAUCACUUGUUAUUGGGAAAGACCACGAUUCAAAAAAUAAUCAAUUAUUUAAUGCCAACCAGAAGUUUAGGAAAAACACAUCACCAUCUCUCUCAAGCCGAAAAAAUAUGGACCUUGCAAAAUCUGGUAUUAAAAUUCUGGUCCCCAAGAGUCCUAUUAAGAGUAGGACAGCAGUCGAUGGCUUUCAGAAUGAAAGCCCCGACAAACUGGAUCAUAUUGAACAAGAUCAAGAAGAUUCUGUGGCUCCAGAAGUGGCAGCAGAAAAACCUGUUGGAGCUUUAUUGGGUCCUGGUGCAGAAAGAGCUAGAAUGGGAAGCAGGCCAAGAAUACACCCAUUAGUGCCUCAGUUGCCUGUCCCUGUGACAGCCACAAUUGCCUCAGGAUUAGCAAUCAAUGGGAAAGCAACUCCCUGUAUUCUUUCCCGUGUUCUUUACUUCCUAUUUUCUUGUACCUCUACCCUUAUGGAUACAUUAGCAGCCAAUGGAACAACCAACAUACAAACAUCUGUUACAGCAGUGCCACCCAGUAAAAGGAGGAUUAUUGACGACAGAAGAGACCAACCUUUUGACAAAAGACUGCGUUUCAGUGUGAGACAAACUGAAAGUGCUUACAGAUACAGAGACAUCGUGGUUAGAAAGCAGGAUGGCUUCACCCAUAUCUUAUUAUCAACAAAAUCAUCAGAAAAUAAUUCAUUAAACCCAGAGGUAAUGAAGGAGGUCCAGAGUGCACUGAACACAGCUGCUGCAGAUGACAGUAAACUUGUGCUACUCAGUGCAGUUGGGAGUGUAUUCUGCUGCGGUCUCGAUUUUAUUUAUUUCAUUCGGCGUUUAACAGAUGACAGAAAAAGAGAAAGCACCAAGAUGGCAGAAGCCAUUAGAAACUUUGUAAAUACCUUUAUACAGUUUAAGAAGCCCAUCAUUGUAGCAGUAAAUGGCCCUGCCAUUGGACUUGGAGCAUCCAUAUUGCCUCUUUGUGAUGUAGUUUGGGCUAAUGAAAAGGCUUGGUUUCAAACACCAUAUACUACAUUUGGACAGAGUCCAGAUGGAUGUUCAUCACUUAUGUUCCCAAAGAUAAUGGGACUGGCAUCUGCAAAUGAAAUGUUAUUCAGUGGAAGGAAGUUGACUGCGCAGGAAGCUUGUGCCAAAGGACUGGUCUCCCAAGUGUUUUGGCCGGGGACAUUCACACAGGAAGUAAUGGUUCGAAUUAAGGAACUUGUCACAUGUAAUUCAGUUGUACUUGAAGAAUCCAAAGCUCUAGUGCGCAGUAUCAUGAAGGUGGAUUUAGAACAAGCAAAUGAAAAAGAAUGUGAUGUUUUGAAGAAAAUCUGGGGCUCUGCCCAGGGAAUGGACUCCAUGUUGAAAUACUUGCAGAGGAAAAUUGAUGAAUUCUGAUUGGCAGAAAUGACACUGGAAUUGUGUUUUGUGGGACAUCAGUGGCUCUGUGACGCCAUAAUUCAUUUAAAAUCCAAAACAAGUUUACUCAUAGCUAAAAAAGCUUGGAAAUAAGACUGAAAAAAGUCCAAGCUUUUCCUGUCAAGGAGUCUUUUAAAGUACUGUAUCCUUUAAAAGAAAAAAAGGGCAAACAAAGCGCCUUUAUCCCAAUAUAAUUAUUUUAUACAAAAUAAAUGUACACACACAAACUGAAAAGUUAGAAUGUUGAGCACCAGACAGUUCUUUGAAUCUCUAAUUGUUGUUAUUUUUGGCUAGUACUGUAUAAAGAAGAAAAGGAUUGAAUGGUGUUUGUUGUUUUCUGGGUGGCCAGAAAGUCUAGAAUAAUGUUUGUUUUCCUCAUAUUUUUUCUCUUAGAAUACAGAGUCAAAACGGGUAUGAGCCAGCCCCCCUCUCCUCAUGUGCCCACUCACUAAGUCAGUAAGAUCAGAGAUGUUGGCUGAGUUUGUCUCCAAGAAGGUGCAAAUACCUCAGAGGAUGGAAUUUGUAAAUCAAAAUAAGUCUUAGACUUUAUUUUAUACCCCUUUAAUGAGAAGUCAAGUGAUGAACAUAUCUCCAAAACUGAACGUGUGCUCAGGAUUUAUACUCAGUCAGCCCUUUGAAGACAUGUCCAAUUCUUACCCAGUUAGCAUGAAGAAACCACUGUGUCUAGAAGAAAGCUUGUUUUGCAGUAUUAGUGAAUCAUUGAAUAUCUUAUGUAUGAAUAUCUAAGUUAUAAGUUAGUCUUAGUGGGUUUUAAAAGUAAUUAGUUUUCCUGACUUCUUUGAAGAAUAACUACAUAAGUGCUUCUUGUUGCUGGGUGAGAAUACUACUUUAUAUACAGUUUUGUUUUUCUAUUUGCAGUUUUAAUUGAUGUAUUACACCAAAAAAAAAAAAACAAAAAAAAAACAAAAAAAAACCAUUUUAUGUUCAUAAAGUGUAAUUUCUAGGUUCACUUAGAAUAUAUUUUAUUUAAUAAGUUAAAAUUCUUUUGGCACACUAUUAAAUACAGAAACUCCUUUCAAAAAACUACCUUAUAUUAGACAUGUAAUGCUUUUUAUGUAUACACUCUAUACUGUAUACAGUAUGGUGUACAAGAGUGCCCUGUGUAAAUAGACAUAUUUUGCAUUCCUUUCAGGAGUGGUUACUGAUUCCUGACUACAGAUGCCUAUUAUUAGUUGGGCAUCUGUGCUUGCAACGUAUUGAAUGUAUGAAGAAUGAAAUAAAAUCAAACCUUAUUUUUGUACAGUUUUGAAGUUUGUACUUGGAACUGACCACCUCCCCUUCCUCGUGGAGAGCUGUACAGUGUGUAAAUCUGCCUUUACCUUGGAUUGGUACAGUAUUUUUGCAUCUGUGGGACCUACUUUUUUUGUUCAGUAGUUGAACUAUAUAUAAACUGUACAAUCUGUAAAGUUUUUAUAGAAUAAAUAUUCAGCUGUGAAAACUGGUUAAAAUAAAACUAAUAUUUCUU